AUGCCAAUGGGAGCGGAAGGCGUGGAUGACAACGUGGAGGGGAUAAAGGCGCCAGAGCUAAUGAGGGGAGAGGGCGUGGUGGCUUUCGUGGAGAUCGUGGAGAUCGUGGAGGCUAUCGUGGAGAUCGUGGAGAUCGUGGAGAUCGUGGAGAUCGUGGUGGCUAUCGUGGAGAUCGUGGUGGCUAUCGUGGAGAUCGUGGUAACCGAGGGCGCGGUACAGGGCAACAAGGAAUCGAAAUAUUCCAACCCUCAUCCUCGGAAUCCCCAAGUCGGGCAGGCAGAGGACGCGCUACACCCCAUCACAAAGAAAGCGUUCGGAUUCGACAGGUUGAGCAUUGGUGACCGUCUGCCAAUACGUCCAGGUUAUGGCACCAAAGGAGUUAAAGUUGAGCUCACAGCCAACUACGUCGAGUUACUGCCGCCAUCGGAUAUACAACUCUAUCUCUACAGCAUCCAGAUCAAGCCAGAGCCGGCACGCAGACAGCAUUUUCGGCUUGUGGAGCUUCUACUACAAUCAGAAGAACUCGCACCACAGCGAGACGAGCUUGCUACAGAUUUUCGUUCGACUCUGAUCUCCAAAAUGAAGCUUUCCUCCAAUGAUUUUAUUGUCAAGAUCCAGUAUCGGGCUGAAGGCGAAGACGAGCCGCCUGCAGGAGCCGCCCAUUAUGCUGUGCAGGUAGCAUACACGACCACUUUGCACAUGAGCGACUUGAUGAACUAUCUGGCCUCUACAAAUAUAGACGAACGAUUUGAGGAGAAAAGCGUGUGGGAGCAGACCUUCAACAUCUUUCUGAACCACUAUGCCAAGGCAACGAAAACUCUGGUCGCGAUCGGGACUUCCAAAAGUUUCUCGCUCAGCCAGCUCACAGGGCGAGCGGAUCUAGGCUCCGGUCUGCAAGUCCUUCGAGGCUUUUUCUCAAGCGUACGCAUUGCUACCGGCCGUGUUUUGGUGAACGUCAACGUCAGCCACGCAGCUUUCUACCAUGCUGGGCCCUUGCCAAUGUUGAUGAAUAGUUACGGUGUUCGCAGCACCACCGCGUUGGAAAGGUUUCUGAAGCUAGUUCGAAUCCAAACUAGUCAUCUGCCGGAGAAACGUAAUAAAGCUGGUGAGAUGAUCCCCCGUCUGAAAACGAUUUUUGGGCUGGCGAGAAAAGAUGACGGGCAUGGGAUGGCGCACCCGCCGCGCAUCUUGCAUCAUGGAGCGGGAGCCAAAGACGUCCAAUUUUGGCUCGAAGGUGAUGCCUCUGCCGGAAGUAACUCAGCAGCCAAAGCAGCGACGGAGAAGAAAGGCAAGGCAAAGGGCAAGGGCAAACCCCAACCGGCCGCCUCUGCGUCGGGCAAGUACAUCAGUGUUUUCGACUUUUUUAAGACCACAUAUGACCGAACUCUGCAGCAUCCAGAACUUCCGUUGAUGAACUGCGGCAGUCGCGACCAUCCGAUGUACCUCCCGGCUGAAGUGUGCGUGGUGGUUCAAGGUCAACCGUCCCGGUCGAAACUCGACAGCAACCAAACACAGCAAAUGAUUCGCCACGCCGUUCGCAAGCCGUGGAUCAAUGCCGCCUCGAUUGCCGCGGAGGGCAUCUCUACCGUGGGCCUCGACGAAAACUCCAAUGUGCUUCUGAGCUCAUUCAGCUUCGGCAUAACGCCAGGUCUCAUCAAGGUCCCUGGACGGGUCCUAGACUGUCCUCAAAUCAUGUAUAAUAGUGUCGACAGGGGAAACAAGACAGCUGAUCCGCGUUUCGGUAGCUGGAACAUGAUAGACAUCAAGUUCAACGCCGGCGUUGUGCUGUCUCAGUGGUCGUAUAUGAUGAUUUCGCUGACAGGAGUGAGGGAUCCCUUCGACCAAAAAAGUCUAGCAGACGUUAUGCAGGAGUUUCAUCGAUCGUUGGUCAAGAUGGGUGUGAGUGCCGCACCUCCGAUGACAGGCCAACGACUACUACUGCAGCAUGCGGAUGAUGCUGCACUUGGCACUGUCCUGCAGAAGGCAGCCAAUGCGCUGAAACUUCUCAUCAUCAUCCUGCCCGAUGCCAACACAUCACUAUACAAACACAUAAAGUCGCUCGCUGACAAAACCUAUGGGAUUCACACUGUUUGCUGUGUAGGCCCUAAACUGGCGAAAGCUCACGGCCGAGAUCAGUACAUCGCCAACGUCGCUCUGAAGUUGAACCUCAAGCUCGGUGGCGUCAAUCAAAUCAUGAGCGACCGACAGCUCGGAAUUAUCGAGCAGAACAAGACUAUGGUUGUUGGCAUUGACGUCACACACCCCUCGCCGGGCUCGUCAUCAAACGCUCCUUCCGUCUCCGCUAUGGUCGCUUCUAUCGACAGAUUUCUAGGUCAAUGGCCAGCCACAUUGCGCGCACAGACGGCAAAGCAGGAAAAAGUAGACGACCUCGGCGAUAUGUUGAAGUCGCGUCUUCAACUCUGGAGGAGCUUAGGCAAGCACGCGGCUUUUCCGGAGAAUAUACUCGUCUUUCGCGACGGUGUCUCUGAAGGCCAGCAUGACAUGGUUACCUCUCAAGAGCUACCACAGCUCCGUCACGCAUGUGAACAGCUUUACUCGGCAGCUGACACACGAAAUGGUCUCCCACGCUUCACCGUCAUCAUCUGCGGCAAACGACAUAAAACUAGAUUCUAUCCCACUAUGGAGAGAGACUGUGACAGAUCCGGCAAUACGAAACCUGGCACCAUCGUGGACCGAGGGGUCACCGAAGCGAGGAACUGGGAUUUCUUUCUACAAGCACAUGCUGCAUUGCAAGGGACAGCGCGCCCAUGCCACUACUACAUAGUUCAGGACGAGAUUUUCCGCCAGCUCUACUCGAAGGCGAAUUUGGCUCCAUUUCAGAACAUUGCCGACGUUGUGGAAGAUCUCACACAUAAAAUGUGCUACUCCUUUGGUCGAGCAACAAAGGCUGUGAGUCUAUGUACACCUGCAUACUACGCAGAUAUUGUGUGCGAGCGUGCGCGAUGCUAUUUGGCUGAUGUAUUCGACACGCCAUCAGCAAGUGCUGCAGCAUCAGUGGCGGAGACUACAAUUGGGCAGGGGCGCACGACACCAAAUACCGGCGACGUUCAAAUCCAUGAACGGUUGAGAGAUACUAUGUUUUAUAUCUAA